CUUGUCGGGGCCAGUUCUUGUAACGGUCUCUUCAACAGCAAGCAGAAAAUCAGUUGACGAGAAAGACAGUGAGCUCAAUUUUCACAUAUCUCUGCCUUUUCCCAAGAACAGCAGGAAAUGGCCAAACCCCAGGGACUAGUGACAUUUGAGGAUGUGGCUGUGGAUUUCACCCAGGAGGAGUGGCAGUGCCUGAACUCUCUGCAGAGGACCUUAUACCGAGAUGUGAUGCUAGAGACCUACAGCAACCUGGUCUCCCUGGGGCAACAGGUUUGUAAACCAGACCUCAUCCUCAAGUUGGAGGUGGAAGAGCUAUGCCCAGCAGAAGACAGAAUUCCAAUUUGGAGCUUUCCAGAAGUCUGCCAAGUUGGUGAAAAGAUUGAGAGCCAGCAUCAGGAUGACCAAGAUCAAUGUCUCUUGAUGCAAGUUGGAUUCCCUGACAAGAAAAUAAUGACUACCAAGAAUGGCCACGAAUGUAAUGAAUUUGGAAACACUCUUCAUCUGAGUACAAGCCUUGGUAUUCCAAUACAAAGACCUCAUGAACUUGAAACAUUUGGAAGUGCUGUGGAAAAGAAACACGAUAAUGGGUGUGCAAAAUUAUUCUUCCAUACCGAGUUUGAGAAAUCAAAUCCUGUAGUGAAGCCCUAUGGAUAUAAAGGAUGCGGGAAAGUCCUCAGGCGAAAGAAGCCCUUUGGAUAUAAAGAAUUCUUCAAAAAUGGAGAGAAACCAUUUGAAUGUACUGCGUGUCGGAAAACCUUCAGCAAGACGUCACAGCUCAUUGUCCACUGGAGGACUCAUACAGGGGAGAAGCCCUAUGGAUAUAAAGAAUGCGGGAAAGUCCUCAGCAAGAAGUCACACCUCAUUGUCCACUGGAGGACUCAUUCAGGGGAGAAACCAUUUGCAUGCACCGAAUGUGGAAAAGCUUUUAGCCAAAAAACUCAGCUAAUUAUACCGAGUCUUAGUCUUCAUCAGAGAAUUAAAAAUGGAGAGAAACCAUUUGAAUGUACUGCAUGUCGGAAAACCUUCAGCAAGAAGUCACACCUCAUUGUCCACUGGAGGACUCAUUCAGGGGAGAAACCAUUUGCAUGCACCGAAUGUGGAAAAGCUUUUAGCCAAAAAUCUCAGCUAAUUAAACAGCAGGAAAUGGCCAAACCCCAGGGACUAGUGACAUUUGAGGAUGUGGCUGUGGAUUUCACCCAGGAGGAGUGGCAGUGCCUGAACUCUCUGCAGAGGACCUUAUACCGAGAUGUGAUGCUAGAGACCUACAGCAACCUGGUCUCCCUGGGGCAACAG